GUAAAACCCUUAGCGCGUGCGCGUUUGAGAUAGCCGAUGAUCUCGAGUUGGCGGGAUGUCUGUGCAUUUCGAAGAGCGGAGCGGGCUGGUUCCAUGCGCCACUCCUUGGGGCCGGUGGUACCAGACCAUGGAGGAGAUCUUCAUCGAGGUCAACGUGCCUGAAGGGACCCGCGGGCGGGAUGUGGAGUGCAGCCUGCAGAGCCGGCAUUUGGCGCUGGCCGUGGUAGGCAAGGAUGUGCUCAAGGGUAAACUGUUUGAUUCUACAAUAGCUGAUGAAGCAACGUGGACAUUAGAGGACCAGAAGUUAAUACGAAUUGUUUUAACCAAAACCAAUCGUGACGCUGGAAACUGUUGGAGUUCUCUAUUAGAGAAUGAAUUUGCUGCUGAUCCAUGGGUCCAGGACCAGAUGCAGAGGAAGCUUACACUGGAAAGGUUCCAGAGAGAGAACCCUGGAUUUGACUUCAGUGGAGCAGAAAUCUCCGGAAACUAUAGCAAGGGGGGGCCGGACUUUUCUAAUCUUGAAAGAUAGCCAAAUGCCUUUAACUGUGUUUCUUGUAAAUAAGGAAUAGUGUUAUGAAGGACUCCGAUGCAGCCAAACAAUUCAUUUGUGAGACUGGACUUCACAAUGGCUUACUCCUUUUCUGGACUGCUGCCUUUGGUAAUGGUUUUUAUUUAAAUGGAGUCACGAAAAAUAAACACUUAUGCAUAAAAGUCUGUGUUCUUUGAAAAUGAUUCUGCUUACCAAGAUAAAGCACUAGUUUGUUUGAUCCAUUAACAGAAUUAAAGACCACAAGUUGCAUAAUUCAUUGAGCUGAAGGAAUAAUAAACAAUAUUCACAAAUGGUCUUAACUUGUAGUUUGACAAAGCUUUCAAUGUGACAGGUCAUUAAAACUAAUUUUGAAAUGUGCCCAUAUUUUUUUAAAAGGAUAAGGCACUGAAAAUAGGUUUAAGGAUUAUGCAUUUAUUUGUAUCCUGCUUUUUUAUGCCCUGACCUGGUUAGUCCAGGCUAGCCCAAUGUCAUCAGAUCUGAGAAGCUAAGUAGGGUUGGCCUUGGUUAGUAUUUGGAUAGGAGAUAGCAAAGGAAGUCCAGGGUUACCACACAAUCUGGCUACAGCAAACCAUAUCUGAAAGUCCCUUGCAUUAAAAUCCCUGUGGGGUCAUCCUGAUUGUCUGUGACUUAACAACACUGUCCACCACCACCACAUCCUGCUUUUUUCCCCCAUUGGGAUUCAAAGCUGUUUAGAACAUUGUUGUCUUCCACUUUCUCACAACAAAAACCCUAUGAGUUAGGCCACACUGAUGGGCCCAAGAUAACCCAGUGAAUUUCUAUGGCAGAAAUGGGAAUUCAAGCCUGGGUUGCCUAGGAUGUUAGUCUGCCAUUUCUGUUCACUGCACUAGAGAUCAGAGAGAGCCUAACCUCAGUUUGCUCAAGGAUGUGCAGAAACACCUUUCUUUUUGGCAUAAGUGUCUUUAUCCUCUUGUGCCAAGCUUCCAACCAAAAGGAAUCAUAAUUAAACUGCAUUUGGGGACAAGGUAAUCUAGAAUUAAUAUAUUAAUGUCUUAGGCCUUGAUCUAGAGGAGGAGUCCCCAACAUGGUACCUGCAAAGUGUUUUUUUAGGAAUUGAUCAGGGCCAAGUAAGGCUUUUGUCCAGGGUGGCUUCUGAUUUAUUCUUGGAGAUUUUAAUGGACGUUCACAUUUUUUAAAAUGUUGCUUAGGCGAAGCUGCCCCCACAGCAGAAGGAUCUGCACUAUGUUACUGAUAUUAAGUGUGGCUAUCAUUUUGUGUUUGGCUUCACCUCCUGAGGCUACCAUUUUGUUGCUGCGCCCACCAUGCCAUGUUUAAAUUACAUCUGUGCUGGCAGGCUAAUGAAGGUUGGGAGACCCUGUUCUAAAGGUUAUUUGCUAAUGCAGUAGUUCCAAAUGCAACUUCAGUAUUUCUCCCUUUCACAGGAACCGCAUCCAUGACAGUCUUCCAUGCCCAAGAAGAUUUCACUAGGGCAAUAGCCCUAGUGCUUCAAUGCCAAUUGUUUUGCACCUAGAUCGAGCUUCAAAAGCAGCUUGCCCAUGUAGUUGGGAGCUGUUUGAGAAACGGAAAUCCAAAGCUCUCUUGGGCAUGUGAAUGUAGUUAUGUGAUAUGCCUGGAUUUUGUCCUUUGCACAUCAAAUUGCAGGGUUUAGCUGAACCGUGAGAAGUUACAUUCAGAAUAAACUAAAUGUUUCCUGUGCAAUACGGAAAUUAUGUGUGUUUUAGUUGCACUUCUUUCUGAAUAAUAAUAAUCAUUAAUUAUAUUGUGUUGUAUUCUUUUGUUUACGACUCACAUUUCAGCUGUAUAUACAAACAACCGAUUGAAUAAAUUGUAAUUUGUCUGAUUUUUAUCCCCUAAUAAUGUAUGCUCAGCGUCUAUAAUUGCAAUGUCUUUUUGUUACUUAAUGUAUCUUAAGCCUAGUAUGCGAAGAAAGUACUAAUUUUCUUGUCUCAGGAUUACAUCUCAGCUGCCUCACAAUGAAUUAGCUUUUACCAUAUUGGAAGUUUAAAGUGCCAAAACUAGUUAGUAUAAAGUUUUCAGAUUAAAAUACCUUUUCUCAAAACAG